AUGUACAUUGAAUUAUCUGCUAAACGAAAAAAUCAUGAAAAUGUAGACGAUUUUAUCAAUUCAUUUCGUUCGUAUUUCUGGUUGGAAAAGCAUCAUUGGUAUAUUCGUUCUCACUAUUAUCAGACAUCACAUAGUCUGGAUAUUUAUCUUUAUACGCUACCUUAUGUAUUCAAUGACUUAACUCGAUACGUUAGUGCGAGCAACGAUCGAUCGACUCUGCCACAAGCUCUCAAUUCUUCUCAUCACUACGAUCGAGUGCAUACAAUUAAAAAUGCUUUUAUUCUUCGUAUACAAGUACACAAUAUUCGGAACCUGACCAUUGAUUUACCGUUUAAUGAUCGUCUCUUUGAAUUUCUUCCAACAUUUCAUCGAUUAAAUUCGCUAACCGUAUCAUCAAGAUACAAUAAUGCUGAUCGUUGUUUACAACUCCUUCUCGAUCGAGCUCCUUGUCUUUAUUCAUUGAGUAUAAAGUCAUGGCCAGAUUCUCAAACACCUAUAGUAGGUAACACAAGUCCAUCACUGCGUCGGCUCGAUCUCCGAAUGGCUGAAUAUACCACUUUACAGCAUGUUUUCACCGUCGAAGAAUGUAAAGCCAUUGCAGAAGUAUCACUGGGCUGGCAAUGUGAAGAACUUCUAAUUAGGGUUAACGAUCAUAAUAGUAUACGAACUCUUCUUAACUUACCGCAACUUCGGCUAUUGAAUGUUUUGUGUCGAUUUUAUCAGCCUGUUUUCUCACGAUGGGAACUUUUGGAAACCAAUGUUCUGCUUGAAUUCUUACGCGAUAGUUUACCUCCAUCACAUAUUCUAUUAGAAAAUAACCAUUCAGAUUCAAUUUGGAUUUGUCGUAAAUAA